UUGCAUGUAGCCUAAUUUCAUAGUAGUAUAGUACUAAACUAAAAUAACAAAACAAUAAAAAAGGAAUGAAAACAAACAGAAACCUAAUAACUUUCGGUAUUUAAAAGUCUCAGUAACAUCUUCUUUAAUAAUGUCUGGUCUCUGUUUCUCUCUCUCUUAAGCAAUGAAGAAGCUCUACCGCAAAGGAACCGUACACCCUUCGCCGCAGAUAAAAUCCGACGACCACCUUCUCUCUCUUCUUCCCGUUGCUAUCUUCUCACUAGCGGCGGUUCUUUCACCGAAAGACCGCGAAGUCUUGGCUUACCUCUUAUCAACCGCCUCUUACUCCGGCGACCGAAACUAUGCAUCUCGCCUGAAUAAGACCAAACUCCACGAGAAGUCCCGUUCAGACAAUCACUCCCCUCUUUUUCAUUGUGACUGUUUCAGCUGCUACACGUGUUACUGGGUCAGAUGGGACUCUUCACCAAGCCGCAAGCUGAUUCACGAAAUCAUCGACGCUUACGAAGAAAGCUUGGAGAAUAAGAAACAAACCAAGAAGAAGAAAGAUCGGAGAAAGCGUUCAGGGAAAGCUCCAGCUCUCGCUAGUCCUAGCUUUGGUACGGCUGAUUCAGAGAGUCCAAGUCAACUUACUGAUUCGAUUUCGAGUUCUCGUGCAUGUUCUAGUUCGAAUCAUGAAUUGGUUGGUAGUACUGGUGGUUGCAACGGCGGUUUGAAAUCCACGGAGGAGUUCCUUGCCGGAGACGUUGGCGAAGAGACGGCUGAGGAGCAGGAGAAGGGAUCCGUUAGAAGAUUUGUGAGUUUCAUUGGUGAGAAAGUUUUUGGUGUUUGGGGAUAAGAAAAUUUACAAGAAAUAAUAAGGUAGAAAUGUUUCUUUUUUUUUUGGUAAAAAGCUAAAAAAUGUUUUUUCAAAGGUUUAAUUACUUUGGAUCUUUGUAGGCCAAAAUGUUUGAUUACCAAAUGUUUUCAUGUAUAAGGAUUUAACUGUAUUGCGGCCAAAAACAUCAUUGUAUUAUAACAUCUUGAUCAUAUCAGAAAGUUGGUACUA